GCCGAGCGCCGGAAGUGCUUCUCCGCCCCUGCCGCUGGGCCAUGGAGACUGUCGCACAGUAGAGUCCACUGUGAGGAGAGCGGGGUGGCGGCCAUGAGGGCCGUGCUGAACGAGCUGGUGUCUGUGGAUGAUCUGAAGAAAUUUGAGAAGAAGUUUCAGUCCGAGAAGGCGGCAGGCUCGGUGUCCAAGAGCACACAGUUUGAGUACGCGUGGUGCCUGGUGCGGAGCAAGUACAACGAUGACAUCCGCAAAGGCAUCGCCCUGCUGGAGGAGCUGCUGCUCAAAGGCACCCAGGACGAGCAGCGGGACUACGUGUUCUACCUGGCGGUGGGCAACUACCGGCUCAAGGAGUACGACAGGGCCCUGAAGUACGUGCGGGGGCUGCUGCACACUGAGCCCCAGAACAGCCAGGCCAAGGAGCUGGAGCGGCUCAUCGACAAGGCCAUGAAGAAAGAUGGCCUGGUGGGCAUGGCCAUCGUUGGAGGCAUGGCCUUGGGCGUGGCGGGGCUGGCCGGACUCAUCGGACUGGCUGUGUCCAAGUCCAAAUCCUGACCGAGACUGCACUGCCCGCUCUGUCCAGGCGUCCCCGGAGCCGCGAGGACCCGCAGAGAGGGCCCCAGCCCCGCUUCCCCUGCCUCUUCUCCCUUGCACCUGUCACUCCUCCCCAUGGCCUUCACCCUCCGCUGCCCGGGGACCUGUCCUUAGCCCCAGACCUUGUGCUCUGGGACGAGUGUGAAUAAAAUUGGGCCGCGGCCGGGA